GUUUAGUUGUAUUACAACAUAAAACGGACAUGUUUGUGUCAAAACGUGUGAUUUACUUUAUUCCUUAGAAACGUGUAUUAUGGAUUCGUGUAUAAUAAUUAACGUAAUAAAUGCAGAUCAACUUUAAUCUAAAUGAUAAUAUAUUAAUAAUACAAUUUGGUGCUGAAAGUGCUUGCGACGUUGGAAAUUGAAAAUGAUUACAGUGCAAUUAGAAAAUGGUAAUAACCAAGAAACUCCUACACUGAACAAUAAUUGUGUUUCAAAUAUCAAACAGAACGGCCAUAAUACAAAACCUAUGAAUAACGAUCAAAUUCCUGGCUAUUUGUCAAUUUACACAAUAUUUCAGUUAAUUGGAAUAUUCCUUAUACUAUCUGUCUUUUUAUGGCUUCAAAUUUAUCGGACUGGUUUCGGUUUUAGCGGAACAAUACAUAUAUGCAACUGGCACCCUUUAUUAAUGACAAUCACGUUUAUUUAUUUAUUUGCGAAUUCUAUCCUCCAUUUCAGAMAUUUUCGAAAUACUUCAAAACGAAGAUUAAAAAUCCAGCAUGCAACAAUUCAUAGUUGCAUAAUCAUCUUCGGGGUUCUUGGUAUAUGGACUGGUUUAAAUUCGAAUUUAAUUGCUAAUCCACCUAUUCCAAAAUUUUACAGUCUUCACAGUUGGUUUGGAAUUAUAACUGUUAUAAUGUUUUUCUCUCAGUUUACUAGUGGAUUUAUAUCAUUUCUUUAUCCUGAAAUAGCAAUGAGAUAUAAAAAAGUUGUUAUGCCGUAUCACAUCAUUUUUGGUAUACUGACAUUUAUAUUAUCUAUUGUAACUUCAAUUCUGGGAUUUAGUGAAAAAGUCUUAUUUGCAUUGAAUCAGCAGUAUGAGCAUAUGCCGACAGAAGGACUAUUUUUAAACUUUGUAGGGAUAAUAUUAAUUGUAUAUGGUGUAUUGGUCGUGUACAUAUUGAUCAAACCGGAAUAUAAAAGAUCUUCUAAGCCAGAUGAUAGAGUGACAACUAAUAGGACUUGAACUUAAUUUUGAUUUUGUGAUUUUGUGAUUUUAUAUUUUAUUUAUUUUAUUUUAAUGAAUGUAACUACCAAAACAAUGUCUGACAGUGAAGAUAAAUAACGAAUUAACUGUCUUUUGUUUCUGUUUAUAUAAGUGCAGAUUAGAUGUGUGAUAAGUGAUUUGAAAAAUAAAAGCAUUUAUUAACA